AUGAACGCUUCCUCUGCUUCGACUGCAUCGGUGGACGUCGACGUCGGUGAGGAUUCCGCAGUGGUGAUCAAGCGCAUCAGCUCCAACACCGCCGAUUCCUGCACUUGGUACGCGAAUGGGAGCUGCAAGCGGCCACGCACGUGCUACGAUUGUCUCAACGUCAAAGUCUCGAGUGGCGAGUGUGCUGUUAUGGCCAACGGAAUGUGCGUGAGUUUGGCUGAGUAUUCGCACUUUUUCAGCAAGCAGCAAGAGGUGGGCGUCUUCCACAAGUACUACCCCUCCAGCAAACAUUCGUACUGUAGCGCAGAUGACGCUGCGUGUUCGGCUUGCGCUGCAAAUUGGGCGUCUGACUACCACAACACAGGCACCAUUGAAGCUUCGGCGUAUUGCACAGGAUUCAGCGGAUGUUUGUGUCUCGCACGUUGUGAACUGCCAGACUGGUCGACGUCGAUCCUGACGGACCAAUGCAGUUCUGGUGGCAGCUCAGGCGAGAAUAGUCAAGCGUCGCCCGUGACACGCAUCGGCUUUGCACUUGCUGUUGGCAUCGUGUUCGGCGUCUUGCUUGGGCUUUGGGGCAUUAAGUUGCUGUUUAAACGUCGUGAAAAUAGUCGUGGGCGGGGAUCAUCCAUACCUACUGUUCGAGAAACUUGGAUUAGCUUCGUCAGAAGAUGA